AUGCCGGCCGCUGGACACCCGGGAGACGUAGACAACGACGCGGAGACCGCCGAACAUCUACGAGAAUCCGGUCCCAGCGGCACUCCGGCUCAUUCGGAACAGAAUGCGCCACCACUUUACCACCAGCUCAAUCACGACUGCGAAGGGGCGCGAUGCCUUUGUCAGAGAUACGAGAACGGCGAACUGGCGGCCGUCGUACUGAACCAAAACAGAAAUCUCAACCCUCCGAACCCGGAACGCGAAAGGGAAAGGGAAAGGGAAAGGGAGGCCGAUAAUUACCAGAAUAUAGGACGCGGUCAUCGUCUCUACGCGGGUCGACCCGCGAACCAGAAUCUCCAAAAUCAUCCGAACCUGAAUCCGAACUACCAAAACCCGGUGGACUUUCUUCAAAAUGAUCAGUACGCCGCAGCGAGAAGGGCUGGGGGGAUAUUGGACCGCGACCGUCGCCACCACGAGCCCGAAGAGAAUAUUUACGAGCGUCUCGACGAAAUCGGUAGGGAAUACGGACCGGAGUCGCCGGAUCGUCACACUUACGAGAGGAUCGACGACCGCGCUUGGUAUCGAAGAGCGAGAUACCGCGCCGGACUCCAACACGCGUCCGGACCAAGCGGCGGCGGAGGUGAUUUCGAAGGUGGCAAUCGCAACGUCGGCCACUACGAGUCACCGCGAAACGUCUACGUGGAAUCGCGACGCAUCACGAGCCCCUCGUGCCUCAGCAGAUUGGGGAGAAAUUGUUUCUCCACGGAGAAUAUAGCGUCCGCUUCGAACAGGCGGUACGUCUAUCAGCUGGGACAUAAUUGCACCUGUCAAUUUUGCCGACAUCUGGACGCCAGGACGAUUUGUCAGUAUUGUCACAACUUCCACGACAGACUACGGUUGCAGGACGCGACCGGUAAUCUGGCUACCCUGGGUAAUUCCAGACACUACAUCUAUCAACUCUCCAGGAGUUGUAGAUGCGCGUUCUGCAGGGACGAUUCCGUUUACGCCCGAUUCCCCGUUAAUUCUCGUCUCUCCGAUUCUUUCCGCAGAGAGUGCCAAUGCAGAAACCCCGGCAGCUGUACUUGUAGAAGUAGAUAUCUGUCCUAUUCGAAUCCGGCUAUUUAUAUAGGAAGGAUCGACCGCGCGAGUCACAAUAAUCACGCGGUGAACAAUCCGAUCUACGCUCAUCCAGCGGCGACUUACGCUAAUCGCUCGGAGCGACAAAACGCCGCUUCCGAAUCGAACCCCUCGACGUCAUCGAACGCGACCCCCCCGGGAAUCGGCGAACCGUCCACCAGUUCGGGUCGUACCAGUGCGAAUCCCUUGGGCAAUUAUUCGGCGUCGGGUGUCACCGUUUGUCCGGUCAAUCGAACGAUAGAUCGUCAACACGUCUGCGACGACUCGUGCAUCCGUAACCAGAACGUUAACGGCGUUUAUCAAUUUCUCGGGAGAUGCGAGAGAGCGGAAUGCCACCACGGCAGAAUUUCCAUUCAUUGGGUAUUCGUUAACAAGUGGCUUCCUACCUGGGGAGCACAGGACUCGGUACCCGAAGCUGACUCCAACCCAGAAAUGUCACCCGAGGAGGAAGAACCCCGGGAUAAUCCGGAGAACGGAGGGGAGGAGUCUUAAUACCGGGUCGUAUUUGAUUCAAAUUGUAAUUAUACCUGAUUCCUGAUUCCCGAUACUAUUCUUGUUGAAAAAUUAGCGAAACUUAGAAAAUCACCUAUUCAUUUCAUCUCGAUCAUCCGAUUGUUUUUAUCGUUGACUAGGCUUAUCCGUCUGAUUGAGCGGAAUCGAAUAGGUGGACGAUAUACUUCUGUACUUCUACUUAACUAAGAGACCUUGAUACCUGUUGCACGUGUCGUAUGUACCUCCGUAAAUGUUAGGAAAAAAAUUGAUAAUAAUGAAAAAUUAGUCCUAUCUCGCAAUGUGAGAAACAUAUUAACGACGUAGUUGGAGCGAAAAUUGAAAAAGCUUCGAAAUUGAAAAUAAUAAACAUAAACAUAGACUAAGAGAAGAUGAUAAAAUUAAGAAGAGUUGUGAUAAGAAUUUUAUUGUCGCGGUAGAAUUGACGAACUUUUAAAUCCUGUUGCGUGUCUAUUUUCUCUAAUUGUUGACUAAGUGAUUGUUAAAUAUUGAAAUUCCUCGAUUUCAAUCAUUCGUACACACGUUCGUGAAUCAUUCCAACUUGAAUCGGUAGUGGAAUGUUGAUUUCGUUGCUUGUAGAUAAAUCCACCCGAGAAUUCGGCAGCAUAAAAAUAAUCUUGCGGGUCAAGUUUCAUAAUUGAGAAAACAUCCGGACAUGAUUGAAACUGAAUUUUCGGAAUUCUCCGUAAAAUGGAUUCUGAACCCGAACAUAUCUUUCCUGCAGGUAUUAAACGGUUGUGUGUCAUUUCAAUCCACGUUGAAUAUAGGUUUCUAUUCCUUCUUUCUGCCUUUUUUUCUAAUUCUGUAGCUGUAUGAAAAUUAAUCAGUCAGUAUUAGAUUUAGGUAUAGUGUAUAUGUUACACGGUGGAAGAUCGAAAUUGAAGAAUGUUAACAUCAGCCAAUUUAUUCACCAGCAAAUGUUGACAUUUGUCAGAAAUCGGUCUUUCGCUGGACCCACAUGAAAUGCACCUUGGGAAAGAAAUAAAAGAGAAAAAAAAAUGUAUGUAUACUUAUGUAUACAAAUGUAUGAUAUGCAGCUUCAUAUAUUACGGCGACGUUGAUACAUGUUUACUUCAGUAGGAUAUGUAUACUGUACUUAAUUAAACGCUGUACGCUAACGAUAAGAGGAGAAAAGAUCUCGUAGAGAAAACCAAAGUAGAAUAGCCGCGAACACACAAAAACCAGUAAAAUGAAAAUAAAUUAUCCGAAUGAUGCGUAUAUAUGUAACAAUGAUAUAGGGUGUAUAAAAUAUGAUAAGCCAAAGUAACUCGGCCUAAAUCAUUGACAGUAUGGUAAAAUUAUUAAUUAGAAAAAAACGACAAAAAUUGACGAAAAUCGAUGUAAAAAUUUCUCGUCGACACUCAGAUCUAAUCUAUUAAACAAUACUUGUAUAUUUAUUUUUUGUAACUGAAUAUAUAAAUUGUACGUCGCUCGAAGUACGCAUAUAAAUGAAUAAAGUGCUCUCUUUGAUAACGA